UCAAAAGAAAAAAACGUGUAAAAGAGUUGCAAAAUAAAUAAUAUAGAAAAACGAGUUAAAUGAAGACAACAAGUAAAAAGAAAAAGUUUAAAAAAUUAAAAUAAUGAUAAAAGAAUUUAAUAAUAUCCUAAAAUAAAAAAAAAAAACAAACGUAAAGGACAUUCAAGGAGAAUUGAGGAGGUUAAGAACAACAACAAGCAAGAAAUAGAAGGAAAACAACAAAAGUAACGAGUGGAUUAAGAGAAAAAGUAAAAGAAAAGAAUUGUUUUUAUUACGGUUACGUGUUGUUGUAGAAAUUAAAGAAAAGGGAACAAGGAAAAAAGGAAUAAAAAAGCCAAACACACACAGGACAGUGUGAGAGCGGGUGCCAGACAAAUUGUACAGCAUAACUACAAAACAAAGUUUCACUAAGGCCGACCGCACCCGCCAAUUAAUAAUUUCAUAAUAAUAAAAUUUUAAUUUUAUUAUAAAAAUAGAAAUCUUGUCAAAAUUCCACCACAAACGCCCACUACAACCAACUCCAUGCCCGUGUCCGUGGUUUGUGAGACUGCGGCCAGUGUUAAUGCCGCCCUAAGGGAAUCUUUAGGUUCAGGUGUUAGUUGUUCGGCCGCGGCCAAACAACAACAGUCAACGACAUCAUCAUCAUCAUCAGCAUCGUCCCAACAACAAGAUGAUAAAAUGAAUGGUGGCUCCAAUGUCGAUGAUAUCGAUACAUUGCAUGGCAAACUAGUGGCCUCCGCUAAACGGGUAUUAUUGUCGAAAAUCGACUAUGAAGAAGUUACCAAUUAUGGUCAAUCUGUUUUGGAUAGUUUAAAAUCGAAAUAUAUUGUUUUAAAGCCCUCAUCGGCAAAUAAUAAUUCCAUGGAAAAUGGUCGUAAUUCACCAGCAACCUGCAAUAAUAAUGGCGCAAAUGGUGACAGCGCUGCCGGUAAGUAUGCCAAUGGUAAUGCAAAUGGUGGUGGCGCAGGAACACCUAAUAAAAAAGCUCCUAAUCCAAAUGAAUUACCUGCCCCCAAGCGAAUACUCUAUCCCAGAGAAAAUGUGCGUGUAGGCUGGAAGGCUACUGGUCGCAAAUGGGAUGUUGGUGUUGGUAUGAUGAAUGUGGGAAAUACUUGUUAUUUAAAUUCCACACUACAAGCCAUAUUCCAUGUACCCUCUAUGGCGAAUUGGCUUAUGUCAGAUAGUGCCCAUAUGGAACGUUGUGAAUCAACAGAUGCUGGUUGCAUUAUUUGUGCCAUGGCCAAAACUCUGCAUGAAUCACAAAAAAGUCAAUCGGCUAUACGACCCUACUAUGUUUAUUCAAAGUUAAAAUCUAUAUGUAAACAUUUAGUUAUGGGUCGCCAAGAAGAUGCUCAUGAGUUCUUACGCUACUUGGUAGAGGCUAUGGAAAAGUCCUACCUCUCACGUUUUCGUAACUACAAGGAAUUAGAUCAAUACAGUAAGGAAACAACACCGUUAAAUCAAAUUUUGGGUGGCUAUCUAAAAUCUUCUGUACGCUGUUUAUCCUGUAAUCAUGUCUCAGUGACAUUUCAACAUUUUCAAGAUUUACUCUUGGAUAUACGUAAAGCCGAUACAGUGGAUGAAGCUUUAGAGGGUUAUUUUUCACGUGAACGUCUCGAGGAUAUGGGCUACAAAUGUGAAGCUUGUAAGAAAAAGGUUUCAGCUACAAAACAAUUUUCUCUGGAACGUGCACCCAUUGCCUUGUGUAUACAAUUGAAACGUUUCUCAAUGUUAGGCACUAAACUAAAUAAACAAAUAACUAUAAAACCUAGACUGGAUCUAACGAAAUAUGCCUCACGUAAAAAUCCUGGUGAACAACUGACCUACCGCCUAGUGGCCAUGGUUACACAUUUGGGUGCUUCCCAACACUGUGGUCAUUACACAGCCAUUGGUUUAACCGAAUCGGGCACCUACUAUAACUACGAUGACAGUUAUGUGCGUCCCAUAUCAAUGCAAAAUGUCUGCAAUACAAAUGCCUAUAUAAUAUUCUAUGAAAUGGAUACACAGCCACCUAGAAAUGUCACGAGUACACAGGUAAGCGGGGCCCAGAGCACAUCGGUAGCUUCCAGUGCCAAUCAAAAGGAGACAAUUAAAAUGAAUGGUCAUGCCUUGGGUGGUUCACCGCGUAUAAUUGGGCCACAGCUGCCGCCUGGCUAUAACACAAAUGGCACCGGUUCAGUGACCUCCUCUUCUACGCCUUUAACCAAUGGAGGCAGUAAAUUAUUGCUGAAUCGUUCUGCCUCUAUACCAUCCGCAACUACAACAUCAACCUCAUCAUCAAAUGGUGGCAGUAGUAAAAUAAUGAUACAUUUCAAAAAUAACAACAACACUAGCAGUACAGUUAAAACCAGUGCUGCAACAUCUUCAGUAACUUGUGCCUCGGCAACCUCAUCUACAAGCAGUUCCACAUUUGAUAAUCUUAAAAAUAGCAGCAACAACAACAACAAUUCUAACGGUCUUCACUUAGUGGGGACCGGGAAAUUUCAGGAAUCUACUACGAAUACGAAGUAUCCACUGGGUGUCUCAACAACUAAAAGACAAGUUAAUAAUCUUAAAAACAGUAACGAAAGUUCCUCCGAUGACGAUGACGAAAAUGAGAUUGUAAGCUCUUCAACAUCAUCACAACAAACACACAACGCUACACAAGCCACACUGCCAAGUAUGCCUAAAUUGGGUGUCGAAUCCACAAAUACAACAAGUCUAACAAAUGGUUAUGCUAAAAAAUCACCUGCCCCCAUAAAAAGUCUUGUGCCAUACGGCUCGGAGACAGACGAAGAAGCUGAUGUCUGUAUGUCGGCGACUACAGCUACAAGUGCUGCUGCAACUACUGCAUCGAAUGAACAGCAAAAACGUUUAUUACCCAAUCCUUUGAAGCGUAGACAGAGCUCUUCAUCAUGGUCAAGCAGUAGUUCAUCGGAUAAUGAUGAUGAUGCCAAUGAUAACGAUGUAAAACCCUCGAAUGGCAUAAAAAUUAAAAAGGCUGCAUCAUCUACAGCAACUAUUUCAAAAUCACCUGCUAAAUCUGCCAACGAAGUGGCUAAGAAAUCAUCAGAUACCAUCGAUGAAAUCUUCAAUAGCAUUAAACGUUCCAAUAAUACAAAUAACACAAACAAUUCGACCACAUCCUCGGGGGGCAAUGCAACUCUAAAGAAAAAAUCACAAAAUCAGCAAUUUACCGUUACCUCAACCACUACCACAACAGAUUCCUCCUCAUCAGAGUCCGAUGACUGCAGUGGCAGUAAUAAUAAAACAAAACCAACAUUUAAAAGAUCACACUCUACACCACCUUCACCUCCAGUUGUUAAAACAAACUCUGGCAUUUGGCAAGUUACCUCUUUACAACCAGUUACCGCCUGCAUAAGUCCUACUGCAACAAUGCCUUCAUCUUCAGGCUUAUCAUUACCUGCCGCCUCAACAGAAAUCAAAUCACCCAAAAAUCAUAAAAAUCCCUUUGCCACAAAACCUCUCCCGGUGGCGACAGAUAAUGCCAAACGCUUAAAGAAAGAUGCCACCAAUAAAACUUUCAAUGGCAACGGCUAUCAACGUAAUACAGCAGCCAAUGAAGCAGCGGUUUCAGAACUUUUAAAACAAUCACAUCGCGGCUAUGGCGCACCAACAUUAAACUGGAAUGGUCAACAGAGUGAAAUUGAUAAAGAGAAUUUUUAUUUGUUUGAUGAGAAACGGAUAGAAGACGACGACGACGACGACAACGACGACAGCAACAUUAACAAUAAUAAGCAACAAGAACAACAACAAAACAUCAACAAUCAAAAUAAACAUGAUCUAAAACAUGAUGAUAAUGAUGGUGAUGAUGAUGAUGAUGAACUUUAUAAUAACGUCAAAGAAAUAUCAAAUUUUAAACAAAACAACACACAACAACAUCAUCAACAAAAUGAACAAAACUCUGACAACAAUAUCAGCAAUUUUGUAGCAACAGAGCAGGAUAUUGAAAUGUAUGCAACAAUUGAAAAUUCUAAACAAAAUCAAGAACAAACUAAUAACAACAAAAACUCUAAUACAACACCAAUAUCCUUUGGUAUGGAUGAUAUAGAACAUAAACUAACCGCUCAAGAUAUUCUAAAACAUAAUGAACAUAUUGUACAACAAAUGAUGGAUGAAGAAAUGGAAAAUUUAGAUUCUUGCAGUUCUGGCACAACCGCCACUACAGUUAUCAAUACCUACAGUUUAUCAUCGCCUAAUUCUUCAUUAUUAACAACAAUUUCUCCGCCUGCCACACCCACAACAACAUCAAACUCUCGAACAAUAAUAAAUAGAAACACCAACUGUACGACUUCACUACUGUCAACAAACGAAGAAGUCGAUGAAGAAAUUUCAGCUUUUAUAUACAACGAAGAAGAUACUUUGGAGGAUAAUCUAUAACAGGAAUAUUUUAAAUAUGUGCAUUUUCUUAUGAUUUUAUGAUACUGCUACUGAUGUGUGGUAUUAACUUUAGCUACACAACUACAACAAUUAGCUUAUCUUAUUAUAAAACAUCAAGUUCGAACAACUACAACAAACCAGCAAAUAACAACUUUUACUGCCAAUUAGUAAAAGAGUUUUAAAAGUCUACGCUUUAAAAGGCCUUAUUGUGUUUUUUUAAUUUAAUUUAAAAGAACGACCUAAACAGUUUUAAAAGGAAGGAGAUAAAUGAAUUCCAUUUUCCCCCCAAAAAAAACUACAAUUUUCAAAAGAAUUUCUUUAGAGAAUUUUGAAAUAUUGUUUGUUUGAUUUGCAUUUAUAUUUUUUUUAUUUCUCUGCUACAACAAAAAUGAUGUGUGAUAUGGUGAUUGUGAUUGUUUGAUACUUUCUUAGUAGUCGUUUCAAGUUCAAAUAAAAAUGGCUUAUCUAUUAUAGAUCAUAAGUGAGGCACGCGAACAGCGACAACGUGACUGGGAAGAUGAA